AAUGUUAAAAAGUGUUAUUUAUAACAAUGCGGGUGAUAAAAUAGAGCUUGUUCAAUUUGCCUUAUUUUGGCCUUUUUCUUUUUUUAAAACCAUAGGAAUAUGCUUAAUAUCCAACUGUGUAACCCACCUGGAAGGAGGGAAGCAGAGUGGAGUUGGAAAUGGUUAUUUAUAAGUUUCUAUAAACUUUUUUUUCUACAUAAUCUCUCCUCCCCCCUUUCUUUUUCUCUAUCCACUCUCUCUCUUUUUUUUUUAUUUUUCUAGUCAUGCUUUUGUCGAAUAACCUCAUUGUCGCAAGUCUUUUUGUGAUUGCCUCUUCAUGGGUGAAUGCUGCCGUGACUUCGCCAUUAACCGUUGUCAACAGUCAAGAUGACUUUUGUCUUUUCCUUCCUCCUAAGCCGGGACUCGUUGUAGCCGUCAAUGAAAAUAACGGUGUUGCAUUCUGUACCAAAAAAGAUUUAGUGUCUAAAGCAAGUGAAUUUCCUUCUGGCUUUAUUACUACAGCACAUUAUUUAAAAUCCAGUAAAUAUGUUCAGGUUACUGGUUUCUUUGACCGUAGCAAAUACAGCUUAGGAGAAUCUGAUGGAGGAGGACAAUACGAUAACCAUGGCAAGGGUAAACCUGUUGCCGCCAUGUGUAAGGGCUACAACUACUUUGUCAGUUUGAUCGAACCUGAUAUUGAAAGAUUCUGUAUUAGAUGCUGCCAAGAUAAGGUUGACUGUAACACUGGAAGAUCGGGUUAUGGUUGUCUUCGUGUAGUUUCUGGUGAUUAUACAAGAGACAAUAACUUUGGUAGCACCAACAAUAAGACUAAAAGCACGCAUCAGAACACAAAUAUGGAUAGUGUCCUUUCUGAUUUAAAUGAGUUGCCUGUUUCUGACUCCUCUGCCACUGCCCCCGUCGCUACUGCCGCCGCCGCCACCACCACCACCACGACUACGAACGCAAAUGAAGAAAUUGCUGCAGAGAUUGAUACGCUCAAGCAAGAUUUAGCUGCCAGCCAAACUCCUGUAGACCAAAUUCAAACGAAAUGGAACACUUUUGCCACACAAUUAUCCACUGAUUAUCCUCAAGUAGCUAGUCAAAUCACACAAUUGUCUUCUAUCACUUCCACCUUAACUACCCCCGAACAAUGGAAUACUUUUAUCGAGUUAGUUUCUGAGACCAUUGCACAAAUUUCCACUACAUCUACUACAACUGAAAGUGGUACCACUACACAUACCGAUUCUCAAGCUGAUUUAGAUUGGUUAUUCGAACACCGUAAUAGUCAUAAUAACCAAGCUACUUGGUAAAUUCUUUUUUUUUAAAAACCAAAAAAAAAGGGUUUAUUAUUAUUAUUGUUAUUAUUGUUAAAUUAUUAAUAAAUAUGUGCGUGAUUAAAAGAAAAAG